GAGAGAGCAUCCCCCAGCGAACCACUCUGCCGUUACGCGUGGCAUCCCAACACCCACCAAUCGCCUCGGGUUAAUGUCUAGAGCGCGCGCGCAGCACCGCGCAGCACCGCGCAGCCAGUUCGCCGCGCUGCACUCCACCCGCGGCGCGGCGCAGAGAGCGUGAUCUCGUUGCACCCUUGCAUCCAGCGAAAGAGCUGAGCCCAUUGUGCACUUCUCUACACCGUGCCCCGCCUCUGGUGCUGAACAACUCUCGCCGCCUCGCGCAGGACCCGGCCGGGCGCCGAGGCAGCAGCCAGAUGAUGCCUGGCGCAGGUCUGCCGGUGCCAGCGUCGUCGCAGUCGCCGCCUGCGCCCUUCUGCGGCGUGCCGGGCGACACCAUGCAAGCCAUGGCGCAAGCGACGUGGAGCCAGGUCGGCGAUAUGGCUGCUCCCGGAGCUCAGGCGCUCGGCGCGCCGCAGCCCGCGCCCGGCGCCGGAGGCAUCUGCCCUGUUGGCGGCGCCGCAGCAGUCGGCACGCAGCCGCAGCUCGGCGCGGAGCAGUCGUCCAUCUCUCUGAGCGCGCAGGCGGAGCUGGAGCUGGAGCUGUCGCUGCGCGGCUCCCUCCUCGUGCAGCAGCAGCGCAGGAUCGUCCAGCUCGAGGACGAGCUCCAGCGCGCGUGGGCCGAGAUUGACCGCCUGCGGACCAAAGUCGCCGCAGUCGAGCGCGAGCGGCAGCGCUCCGAGGACGACUCGCAGAAGCAGCCGCGCUACUGGACGCCCGAGGAGCAUCGCCUCUUCAUGGAGGCCGUCCAGCGGUUUGGCUGGAAGGACGUCAAAUCCAUCGCGCAGCACGUCGGCACGCGCACGCCGACGCAGGUGCGCACGCACGCGCAGAAGCUCUUCCUGCGGCAGCAAAAGGAGCAGACGGGGAUAAUGCAGCCCAUCAAGAAUGGGCGCUCCGACAUGCCCGCACUGACGAGCAAUCUCUCGGCCAGCAGCGCAGACCACACCUUCUCGCCGAUGCCGGCGACCGCAGAGGAGGUUGCCGCCUCGUCCAAUGGCGGCCAGAUGGCGACGGGCUACCUGGCGCAGCUCACCGACGCCGCCGAGGGGAUGGACUCCGCCCCCGCGCCCGCGCCAGUCCCCGCGGUCUUUGCCAACGCCACCGCGCCAACCGUGCCGGCCAUGCCCGGCGUGCCCGCGCCGCCCUCCGCGAGCGUCGCUGCGGCGGUCGCCGCGGCCGCCGCGUCGUCUGCUGCAGCGCAGGUCAACCAGCCGAGGGUGGAGGUGCUGCCGAGCGGCCUCGGCGGCCUCGGCGGGCUCGGCGGCGGAGCCGCAUCGUGAUCGGACCCGCCCUCGCCCUCUCGCAUGUCUUUGGGCAGGUUGAGGGCGGCCGAGGGCGCGGGAGCGCAGGGUGUGGAGGAGGCAGCAGGGCGGCUGGCCGGCGAGGCGACCCUCGCCUGGUCGCCGUGGUGGCCGCCGCCGGCGGGCGAUGCAACGGUCCGCCGGCGCGCGCAUCUGAGCAGGGAGAUCGGAGGUGGUCCGGGUCCCGGGAGCGAAUGCAUAAUAUAGAGAGGAGGCCGGAAGAUAGAGCGGAUCGCGCUGCUGCUUACCGCGACCGGGGAGAGUCGUUCUGAGAGUCCAAGAGUGUGACUGAGACAUGUGCCGUGCGCCUGGAUUAGAGUUGGACGCGCUUGACGAACACA